CAACAAUUCGUGAGCUGUGUGUGGACCGACCAAAGAUGAGGGGCAGAGCUGUGGCUGGACCGUCUAGGCUGGCGUAUAGACAACUUCAUUCCAGUGUACCUCACAGGGACGUCGAUAGUCGAGCACUCGCUCCCCUCGGAAUUCCUCAGCGUGAACCUGUAAAACCCGACCCUCGCCCCAUCGCCAGAACACAUCGAGACGAAUCCGAUUACAGCAGCCGACCUCUCAAAGCGAAUAGAAAGAGGGACAGGGAUGAUCCAGAGCUUUCAGAUGAGCUGAGAUAUCGCCUACCGGACAUAGCUCCGGAUGUGGAGCAUCACCGGCCCCCCCCAGGUGGAAUCUUCGAUGCUCACUCACCUCACGCUCGAUUCCCUCCCCGCUUAGCCAUUCAGCGGUCUCACCGUCAGAAUUAUGCCAAGAGUCUGGGUCUUCAUGUAACAGCUUUGAACCGAGUCCCAGAGAUAAAACUUGUCCCGCGACCUGAUGUCCCGGUCAGGAUGGACACAGCUCCAAAGACAAAAAUCGAGUACUCUAUAGGUCAAGGCUUGGCUACCAAGGAAAAGCAAGCUUAUUUCGAGGACAUCUUCGAUGGCAACGACGUUGAGACAGGUCCUUUGAAUGGCAUGGACUGGGCUGAGGGAUCAGAAGCUGAAGUGGACUUUCUAGCUCCUGGGCGCGUCGUUGAAACGAGAAGGUCCGGCCGUCAGAAUGUUGGCAUGAUCCUUGCCAAUGUCAUCGUUGGGGGCAGGGUCCGAUACUUUGUUCUCAGAGCCUAUGGCGAUGUCUGGUUGACUUCGGCCAAUGACGUUCAAUACGUCCUUCCAAGUACGCUGGUCAAACCCGAAUUGGUAGGCCAAUGUUGGCGAAGCGAGUCCAUGGAUCUUCUGGCGAGGGGAGAGCAAGAGGGCUCAAACGCUGAAAUGCGGCGCAUGCUCACAGCCAGGCAAAAGGUCGCCAGCGUUCUACGCAAGGUGGUCCGAGAGACAGAGCGCAUGACUGCUCGGAUAAUGUCUGCGGCCAAAGCCAAAGGAGGACUAGAGGGCUUGUGGGGACACUUUGCCUCCAAGGAUCCCAAUUCAAGGUCAUGUGUAACAUCCGUGCAGGCAGCGGAGUAUUUCCUGAAGGAUGGAGAUGAGAUACAAAUCAAAUCUGGAACUCUACCUGCCUUUGCGGCUCACAAUAUCCUCAUGAAACAUCCACAGCUCUUCAUCGCCGAUCCUGGAGCUAUUACCGAGACCGGUCGCUUUUUAUUGCGAAGCCAGUCCGAACGAGAAACUCUGGCCCGCGUUACCCGAAUCAUGCAUUCGACCGUGGACGAAGACAGGGAGAUCAUCCGUGGGUUCGUGGACAAGGCCUCCAGAGCGAUCGAAACUUCGAGAGCGCUAAAGACGAAAGACGACUACGAAUGGAAAGAAGUUUCUGAUGCGCCGGUAAUUGAGUGGACAUCAGUGGAACAGGAUCUGGUCUGGGCUCUAUUGAUGAGUCUUUACGAGACGAGGUCGACGCAGGAACAAAUCAUGCUACCAAUCUUGACAACACUGCUCAAGUCUAUCCCAGCUUAUUCGGACCGAAACUUGGAUCGAGAGGCGGUGGCCCUGUUCGCGGGAGAAAUUGGUAUCGUGCCUCCGUGGGAGACGCUCAGGAGAUCGGAAGUGGCAGAGGAUCAGACUCGACGAUCUGUAUUGCUGCCCAGAAGCCAGGAGCUCGGUUCUGUACCGCUCAGAGGCGACGAGCUCGACUCGGUCCGAGAAGACUACACCUCUCACAAGGUCUUUGUGGUGGACGAUGCUGGCUCAAAAGAGCUGGACGAUGGUGUCUCAGUGGAGCGCAUCCACGGGUCAGAUGACGUUUGGAUCCACGCCCAUAUCGCGGAUCCGACUCGAUUCAUUGGCCCUGGUGAUCCACUCGCCAGAGUAGCUGCAGCGCGAGGAUCUGCUGGAUACUUCCAAGAAGGAAGCGUUUCCUUAUUUGGAGACGAUUCGAUGAAGAAUGUGUCACUCGGAUCUGAAGAAGGGACAGACGGAGUCAAAGCCGUCAUGACCUUCUCUUCCCGUGUGAACACGAGCGGCGACGUUACAGACUACCAUGUCAACUUGGGCUGGGUCAAGAAACCUCGUGUGCUUACAUACGAUGCGGUGGACAGUGUGCUGGGUCUAUCUCCGUCUCUGGCGAACCUCAGGCCAUUCGGAACACCCGUGGAACACGACACCGUCUCGAGCACCUCGACUUCGCCUUCGAGCGAGGAAGCCAAGGAUCUGGAACUCAUUCAACAGAGAAUGCUAGCGUACCGAAAUCAACGAAUGAAGAAUGCUGGGUUUGAGUCGUUCCUGCCUCAGCCGAGUCUUCGUCUGUCAAAUCGUCCUCCACCAUCAAACACCUCGUUUUUCAGUAGAGAACACACCCCCAGCAAGUCGUCUUUCUGGCUCGGGUCACCAAUGAUCGACUUUUCCGUCCCGCCUCUGGAAUCAUCCGGCUCGUACACUUCGAGACAGGUCAUCGCCGAGGCUAUGAUCAUGGCAAACCGAGCAGCGGCUGCCUUCUGCUCCUCUCGCAAAUUGCCAGUCCCCUUCCGAACCUGUAGUAAACCCCUCUUGACAGCUCUACCGGGCCAAACCGGGUUGACCUUCGAGGAUCUGAUGAAGAAACGUGAUCCAAAGACAUUUGUUCUGGAUCCAUUCGAAUUGGCCAAAACGUCGGCCACCUUCCAGGGAGGUCAACUUUCACUCAAACCUGGGGAGCAUUGGUUCCUCGGAUUCGAAGAUACACAUGGAUACCUCCGAGUCACCAGUCCGCUUCGUAGAUACGAUGAUCUGCUCGCUCAUUGGCAGAUUAGGUCCGCACUGGCAGCCGAUCAUCGCCACCCAAGUCUGGCGGCACCACGAUUGCCUGAAGACUAUGUCAAGCAGAUUAUGUUGAUCGCCGAUUCCGCCUCGAAAGACAACAGGAAUGCUGGCCGAUUUUCAAGCAGUUGGUGGACAGCAUUGCUGAUCAGAGAUCGAAUGGCCAACCCUCGACCAGGCGGAUACAUAUACGAUUCUCAAAGCAUUGAUCCAAACGAACCUCUCGAGGCCAUCAUCGCCAUGCCACCUACCUAUACCGCUGAGGGCGAUAAGCUCAAUUCGCCGGUUCUCAUCCCUGCACUCGGUACCCUGGCCCGACUCGUCGGCUCCAAACACGAGGAGGUGGGAGACAGGAUCAAGGUCAGGAUACAGGACAUUGCACUGUGGCCCAAACCUUUGGUAUCCGUAAUAGACGCUUAGACUGCACUUGCACACACUCAAUUC